UUCAAUUACUCUGCUAAAUAACAAAGGAAGAGAAUAGCCAAAAUGAAUUUUAAUUAAAUAAAUAUCUCCCCCAACACGAAACCCUACAUACAUUUUGUUGCUGGAAUGUUAACUUAAUAUGCGUUAGUGUUGGAAUUUCUGUAAUGUGACCAACUUAAAAAUAAAUAAUAAAUUUCACUCUCACCCAUGGUUCAGCUAUUUAAUAGUCAUAAAGACUGAAAAAACAAACGCAUAUACAUAUAUCAAUUUUUUUUAGAAGGCAAUCAAAAUUUUUUUUGUAUGUAAUUGCAUCUUUCUUAGAAAACAUAAAUGCAAAUCUCUGAAAGAAAAAAUAUACAUAUGUAUGUAAAUAUCUGUUCGUCGUGUCGGAUAUAAAAGAUGAAUUAGUUUUUGCCUGUUGAAACAGAUAAAAGUUUCAAUGUGCUCCUAAUUAAUAUAUUUCACUAAUGUAAACCUAUUACACUGGUAUUUACAAAUAUUUGCUGUAUCUAUAGAGCAUUGCAACGAGUUGACUAUAUUUCGGUUAAAGGGUUUUCCCCACAUCUAUUUAACUACACUUCGGUUUCUGUUUUCUGUGUACGAGUAUUUUUGUUUGUUUUGCUGCACUGAUUAGAGAGUAAAAUAAUAAUAACCCAAACAAAUGCCAGCAUCUCUCUUCGUUCGGGACAGCACGUGUAUAAAAUCUGGUUUGUUGUGGUUAAGUGACAGUGUUCCACCCACUUUCUCGCCAUUUUCCCCUUAGUCGCUCUCCCCCUGCUGACCACACAUGUUAGCCGGUUAGUUAGUUAGUUACUUAGCUAGUUAGUUGGCUGCGUCAGCUUCGCAAUUGCGGCGCAAUUGGGGACUAAUGAAAUGUUCUUGGUACGCAUUUAGUCCGGCAAAAGGGGAGAAAGGUGUGAAAGCUGCUAACUGAGGUGUUAAUUACCCAUCGCUAUGGCAUCCAUUAAUCCUGCAGGAGAAGAAGAAAGUGGCGAAAGCGACGGGGAAAAAAUAUGAGCAAUCUCUUAAUGGUGCGUUAUUCUGAUGAUUUUCAAUGAGCAACUAGCAGGCCAUACAAGUUUUAAAGCAAUUUUAUAAAUCAUUUGGAAAAACAAAAAAAAAACUAUAUAAUUUGCAUGAAAUUUGAACAAAUCUAAAUGCAACCAAUUUUCAAAAACAUGGAUUGCAAAUUGUAAAAGCUGGCAUAUGUAGAUAUAAAUAAAUCCAGUGAAAUAUUGACCCAAAUCAGUUAAAAAUCUAUCAAUCUAUCCCCUAAAAUCCACUCCAACAUUUACGACAAUAUCAGCUUCAGAAUGACAUUUUAUGGGAUUUAAAAUAGGUGUUAGAUUUUAUAUACAACAACUCAGCAGCCUGACGCCCAUUUCUCAAAUUUCUAUCCAAAAAUGAACCUUUUCCAACUGAUAACCGUACUCCUCACGAUCCUCCGGAUAACCAACGCGCGGGCGAUGAGCUUUAACCUUCCUCCUUUCGGAUUCGACUCCUAUUUGGACACCUACUUGGACAAUCCCAGCGAUGACCUGUCCCCAAAUGAGGCCAACUGCGAAGCGGAGGGCAUUGAACCGGUCACGGCGGAGUCGCCUCCCUGCAUGGGCUACUCCACCAGGUCUCCCUAUCAGCCCGGCUCCUCCUAUUUACCCGGCUUGUCCGGCGAGGGCAGUCGGGACAUGGAUAAGAACAGGGACCACUGUGAUGCCCUCGACAGCGAGUCAAGCAUGAACCGAAUAAACGCCACCCAAAUCGCCGAGAAGGCCGCCCAGAUGGCCAAGGCAGCCAACGAGGCACAGGCGGCGGCCGCCGAAGACGCCUCGCGCCAGGUGAAAAUGCAGCUGGCCGACAAGGCCUUGUCCGCCGCCCGCGCCGCCAACGCCGUUCUGGAGGGCAAGCAGGGUUUGGUCGACGACAUCGCCAUGGAAAUCAAGGAGGCCGAGUCGGUCGUCGGCCAGGUGAGCGCCUCCCUGGAGUCCAGCGAAUCGCUCGUGAACGCCUCCUGUGCCGCGGUCAAGGCGGCGGAGGCCCAAACACUCGCAUUCAGGUCUUUGAUGGAGCAGACCAAGGCUAGUUUGCCGGACAUCAAUGCUCUGAUCGAGCAGUCGACCGCUGACCUCGAGGAGAAGAACCAAAUGUUAGCAACGGCGAAGGCCCGUGCUGAGCGCCUGGGCCAGCAGGUGGCGCAGGCCAGGUGUGAGGUCGAGCAGGUGCGGGAGGCGGCCUGUCGAGCGGCCUCCGCCGCGGUGGAGGCUAAGCAAAAGGCAGCCGCCUGCCCCUCGGACGGGGCUGGUUUUCAGGAUCGUCCUUCUCCUUGUCCUCCGACUCCUUGCCCCACAGUUCUGCCGCCGCCUCCUCCUCCUCCUCCUUCACCACCACCACCACCUCCAAGGACAGGGGGCUGUGGCUUUUCCAAAAAAUCUGGCGGCUGCCACGCCCUCUUGGAUCUCUACAGGCAGCGACGAAGGCAGCAGCAAAGGGAGCGGCGGGACAAACUCCGAAGGCGGGUGAUGCCAGCUUCAGGAAAGUCUAUGUUCAAUGACUAUCCCUUCGAGCGAAUGGACUCCAUAUUUUGAAAGAAAAUUUAGUUCUUCGUUUAGUUCCUCAUUGUUUGCAUUUCAAUAAAGCAAGGCCAUUGCUGGACAAUUUCUAAACACAUCAAAAAACAUAGAGGAUCGCGCUUUGAACAAGUGCACUCUAGUUUUGAUAACCAUUAUCCAAAAAACACAAAAAAAAAAUUAUAUCAUGAAAUAGUUUCCCACAAACCCAACUUCUUUCGUUUUAAAUUUAGUUUUGAUGAGACUAACCGACUUAUUGUUGGCUUAUAAAACAAAUUCAUCCCCUGUUCAUUAAUUUUUUUAUAACGGUUUUAUUUGUAUUAAAAUUUUAUGUCUACAUUCUUUACUUUAAAUAACGUUCCUCAUUAUUAACUGGCCAUAAGGAUUGCUUCUCUGUGUACAUAUGUCACUCUAAACCUUGAUAGAUGCUCCAAAGUCUACUUUCUAUUUUUAUAGUAGUUUUUUUUCUAUUUAUAUAUAUAUGUACAUAGAUUACAUUGCCUAUUUUUAAAACGGUUUUAGGUCAGAUGAAGUUUGCACUACAUUUAAAGGACAGAUUAAUAUUUAAUAUGAAUGGGGAAUAUAUUGUUUUUUAUAUAUUUGCAUUAUAAUUGAAAAAUAACUAUUAUUUUGUACGUAUACAUAUAUUUGUGUAAUUAUAAAAUCUGCAUCAUCGAGCGUGCACUGUUCUAAUAUAUCCUGUGGUGCAAAUUCAAGGAAGUUAAGUUUCAUCUUUACGAGUGAUCUCUGUAGCUGCCUGAAUAUGCAAUUGUUUACCAACAAAUUCGCUUUGCAGUGCCGUAAUUCUUGCGAAAUAAACAAUAACAAUGGAGCAACGUUGUUGUUGGGCGAACGGUAUAGGCAAAGGAAAAUGGGUGCAAGGCCAAAAAUCAACGAAGCACGAUCACAAAAAGGAGAACGGAGAAGGAGAGGGAGAAACGGAGGAAAACCAAUCUUUGUCCGGUCAAAACUAAAGAAACAUCUGCCAAUGCGACGCGUCCAGCUGUUUGGGUUUUUCCCUCUUCUUUUGUAAUUUUCAUGGAAAAGGUGGGCGACUGGGUGUUAAAAGUGCAACGGCACUAGAGUUGCCACCUUUUUCGGCGCUGUUGCGUCGUUGUUGUUUUUAUUGCCCCU